AUGGCGGCGCUUUCAUUCGGUGCUCCUCAACCUCCACCACCGGGCGCAAACACCAACCGCUCUGAGCCGUCAUAUCAAGGUCUGGGUGGAUCGUCUGGAUAUCCCGCACUUGCACAACCACCUCAGUUGAUGUACAUGCAGUUCAAUCAGCCACCAUCACAAGCUCCUACUGCUGCUCCAUCGUUAGGCAGUAGUCCGAACUUCUUCGGCAAUGCCAUUCCCACCAUGCCGACAUCUCACCUCGGGCCUGGAAUGCAAGGAUUUAACAAUUCUCGCGUUUCUCUCUUCAAUGCUUCUGCUCCUUCGUCAAACUCACCUCACUACGGUGGGGCACACCAACGACGCCGCAACGAUGAGAACAAUGCGAGGCAGCCGAAUCGAAGUCACCUUCUUGACGAUUUCCGCAACAAUCGUACUCCUCAACUUCAAAUUACGGACAUCAUAUCUCAUGUGGUGGAAUUUGCCAAGGACCAGCAUGGAUCUCGAUUUAUUCAACAAAAACUCGAGCGUGCGUCUGCGAAGGAGAAGCAGUUGCUCUUUGACGAAGUACUCGCUAACGCACAUGCUCUAAUGGUCGAUGUAUUUGGCAACUAUGUCGUGCAGAAGUUUUUCGAGUUUGGAACUCCAGAGCAAAAGGUUGCGCUUGGUCGCUCGCUUAAAGGAGAUGUGAUGAAUCUUGCGUUACAAAUGUAUGGUUGUCGUGUGAUACAGAAAGCGUUGGAAUCAGUGGAUGAAACAAUACAAUUGGAAAUUUUGAAGGAGUUGGAGAGUCAGGUGCUGAAGUGCGUUAAGGACCAGAAUGGUAAUCACGUUGUACAGAAGGUGAUUGAAAAGGUGAAACCGGAGCGUCUGCAGUUCAUCAUUGACACUUUCAUGAAAAAUGGACCAGAUACGAUUAUGCAGUUGUCAAUGCAUCCGUAUGGCUGUCGAGUAAUACAGAGGGUUCUCGAACAUUGUACUGAAGAACAGAAGAGACCUGUUCUUGAAGCUUUGCAUGCGAACGUUCGCUCACUUGUACUCGAUCAGUAUGGGAAUUACGUGAUUCAACAUGUUAUCGAGCAUGGAAGUGAUCCGGAUAGGGAUCGCAUUGUGCGUGAAAUUAUGCAGUUGUCAAUGCAUCCGUAUGGCUGUCGAGUAAUACAGAGGGUUCUCGAACAUUGUACUGAAGAACAGAAGAGACCUGUUCUUGAAGCUUUGCAUGCGAACGUUCGCUCACUUGUACUCGAUCAGUAUGGGAAUUACGUGAUUCAACAUGUUAUCGAGCAUGGAAGUGAUCCGGAUAGGGAUCGCAUUGUGCGUGAAAUCACAGGCAAUGUAUUGAGAUACGCGCAGCACAAAUUCGCAUCCAAUGUUAUCGAGAAAUGUCUCAUCUGUGCUGCACCUCAUCACAAAACGAUGCUUAUCAACGAGGUUUGCGGCGAUUCUGAAGAGAUCAAUUUGCUAACUACGUUGUGCAAAAAAUGCUCGACACUGCCGACCCGGUUUAUGCGUAAGAAGAUGAUGUAUGCGAUAAAGCCUCAUAUUCCUGUUCUUCGUAAGUUCAGCUAUGGAAAGCAUAUCAUCACAAAACUGGAGAAAUACUUCCAGAAGCAGAACAAUAAUCAUGCUCAGCAUCAUCAGCAAAUGCAAUUUGAAUUGGGAGGAAUGCAGAAUCCGAAUGUGAACCAUGCGCUGUUGUAA